ACAUGCGCAAACUGCGAAGGAGGAAGCGCGCGUCUUCCUCCCGGUGUUUUGGAGUCAUAGUCGCAUUCAGAGCCGUGUCUGGAGGGUCGGCUUUUCACACUCGUUAGAGUGGAGAAGGAGCAAGAUGAUGAUUCAUGGUGAUGGCUUACAGGGUUGUAAACAAAAGGAGGCAUGUGGGACUGCAACAACUCUCAUCGUUUGCAGAAACAGGAAGAACUUUCCUAGGCCCAGUGAAAGCCACCAAAUUUGUUGUUGAUGAACAGGGUUGUGAAAGUCUGUUAAUCAGCUCAGCAGUAAGGCUUCUUGAAAGUUUGGAUUUAAGCAGUGCAGCAGGACAGCUUCUCAGUGAAGCAGUUCAAGCACAGAACAGCGCAUACAAAACUGGGACCACUACUCUUUUGUUUCUCGUCGGUGCGUGGAGCAGAGCUGUUGAAGAAUGUCUGCACAUGGGCAUCCCGAUCCCUGUAAUAGUGUCAGUGAUGUCAGAAGGCUUGCAUUCUUGCAGUGAAGAGGUAGUUUCCCUUCAAGUGCCUGUCCACAACGUAUUUAACCAGAUGGACAACACAAGGAAGUUUUCAGGACUUGAGACAUUCAGCAUCGGUUUGUCACCUUUUCUGCAAGUUCCCCUAGACACUGGUUUGAUACAGGAAAAGCAAGACCUCAAAGGUGGUGCCUCGCAGUCAUCAACCAUAUCCAGUUUCUCUGAGAAGUCACCUCUCAAGUCCCCUAAACUCUUCAGGGCUCAAGCGGAGGUUGAAGUUGAUGGAAACACAUCACCAGCUCUGAAACACAGGCUGCUGUCACACACCUGCUGCCAAAAGUCAGUGUUAAGACACAGUAGACAUUUUAAUAAGACAGAUAAUUGGUGGAUCCACAAGCGAGGUGGAAUCCUACCACAUGGUGUGUCUGCUCCAUGCACUGAUUUGAUGGAGUUGGCAGUGGGCUUGAGUCAUGGAGAUCACAGCACCAUGAAACUAGUGGAAGCAGCGGUGCGGCUGCAGUGUCAGAACGCAUGUGUGGAACAGAAUAGCCCCGCUAUGCCAUUUGUAUUUGACAUUUCAAGAAUCUUCACUUGUUGUCUACCAGGUUUACCUGAAGCAUUUUCUUGUGUUUGUCCAGGAUACAUCACUCAUGUGUCAGUAUCGACUGCUGCUUUGAUCGAGGCAUUGCAGAAUCAGCCAGUUCGGGUAAUUCUCAUUGAAGGUGACCUCACCGAGAAUUAUCGCCAUGUAGGAUUUAAUAAGUCUGCAAAUAUUAAAACAGUCCUAGAUAGCAUGAAACUUCAAGAAGAUAACUCAGAAGAAAUGUGGAUGGACCGUGUAUUGCAAGUAUUAACCCAGUUUGAUGUGAACCUCCUACUGGUCCAAGGAAAGGUAUCUGAACAGUUAAUUGAAAGGUGCAUCCACAGUAAGCGGUUGGUAAUUGGGUCUGUGGGCAGCCAGGUGUUGCAGGCUUUUGCAGAAGCUGCAGGAGCUGUCCAGGUGGCUUAUAUUACACAAGUGAAUGAAGGCUGUGUGGGCAGUGGGGUCCACGUGACCACCUGGAGCCAUCCCUCGGGUGUUCUGGAUAGGAGCAACAAAAGAGCAGUCAUGUUAAAAAAAGAAGGAAUGAAUUUGGUCACAGCAGUGCUCACCAGCCCAGUCACUGCACAGAUACAAGCCAAGGAAGACAGGUUCUGGACUUGUGCCUAUCGUUUACAUUAUGCUCUAAAAGAGGAAAAAGUCUUCCUUGGAGGUGGUGCAGUUGAAUUCUUAUGUCUUAGCCACCUUCAGAUUCUUGCAGAGCAAUCUCAGAAAGAAGGAAACCAUGCCUGGUCGGGAUGGCUUCCUAAUACUUCCUCUUGGUUAGCCUCAUCUCUGGCAAUAUACAGACCAGCUGUGCUUGAAUGCCUUGCAAGCGGAUGGCAGAAGUACCUUUCAACUCUUAUCUGUAACGCUGGUAAUUAUUCGUCACAAUUUGAAGCCAGCUCACUCCUGCAGCAGCAUCUACAACAUGCCAAAGAUUCGGACUCUGCUUCGUCAUAUGUCCUGAAGAAAUACAGUGAAUUAAACAGUGGAGUUUUCAAUUCCGGGAUUUCAAGUAAACUGGAGCAGAUUCCAAGAGUUUAUGAUGUUAUUACACCAAAGAUCGAGGCGUGGCGCCGAGCAUUGAAUUUAGUUCUCUUGGUACUUCAGUCAGACAGCGAAAUUAUUACUGGCCUUGAACACACUCAAAUAAACUCACAGGAAUUGGAGGGCUUUUUCUUUUUGUAGUAUUAUUAGCUAAGUCUUAAUAAAAUAACCCCCCCUUGUGACUUUUAAUGCUAAUAGUAAAUUUACAUACUAGUAAUCAA